CCAGAUACGACGAGUCAUACAACCAACAAUCUCUACAUCUGUGUUUGUACACACGACACGGGUACAGAGCAAAUUGCUCUGCUAAGAGAUGGCUAGGCGCGGAAGUUGUUCGACGAUUUGUCUGAAUGAGAAAUUUCAAAGGCAAAACAAUGGUUUCAGGUUUCGGAUUGUCAGAUUCUCUCAAAAGGCUGAUACCAAUUCUAUAAGAGGCAGCUUCUUUGAGCGUUCUAUCUCUCUGGUUCUAUUACUCUGGUGUUUCCUCUUCCUUGUGUAUUGCAAGCUUGGCUACAGCCACAAUCAUGGAGAUAACUACACCGAUGGAUCACUCUCCAAGGUCCUGAAUUCCACAAGGUCUAGAGAUUCUUCUGUCUCCCCUCAGACAACCGGCAAGGAAAACAACUACUGUCUCCUGAGAGAAGGCCAAUUACAAGAUGUGUAUGAGCAUGUUCUUAGUAACAACGCUUUGCUUAUCUGCAAAGUUGUGCAGCUACAAGAUGGAAGAGGAAAGCACAAGCCCCUUGAUCGCGUUGAAAACAAAAGUCUUACCCUAAAUGGCUCGGGCGUGCCGUCACAGCUCUCCAAUGCGACCCAUUACAGGUUAGAACCAGAUGGAACUGGUUAUAACUACGCUUCUGCUAUGAAGGGAGCAAAAGUAGUGGACCAAAACAAGGAAGCCAAAGGAGCUAGCAAUGUCCUUGGCAAAGAUCAUGAUAAGUAUCUAAGAAACCCUUGUUCUGUCUCAAAUAAAUAUGUCGUGAUCGAACUCGCGGAGGAGACGCUGGUUGACACGGUGAGAGUUGCAAACUUUGAGCACUACUCUUCCAAUCUCAAAGAGUUUAGCUUGUCGGGGAGUCUAAGUUACCCAACGGAUACGUGGACUCAUGCCGGGAGGUUUGUAGCUGCAAAUGCUAAGCAGGUUCAGACAUUCCGUCUCCAGGAACCUAAAUGGCUGAGAUAUCUUAAACUGAGCUUGAUUAGCCACUAUGGGUCUGAGUUUUACUGUACGUUGAGUGUUGUGGAGGUCUUUGGCAUCGAUGCUCUUGAGCAAAUGGUUGAAGAUCUGUUUGUUGGGUCAGAGACUCUUCCCAGUAAGCCAGCUCUGCUGGAACUGAAUCAUGAAGAGAAAACCGCUGAUGAAAGGCAAGACGGGGAAGUGAAAAGCAACGCCACAGAUCAGAUUGGGAAAGAAACUGACGGUCAGAAGAAGAAAGAUGUUGUUGUGAAGACUAUUAACAUCGUGGGAGACAAGAAAUAUGAAGUUAGGGAGAAGCACAACGUAUUGAAGCUGUUGAUGCAGAAAGUGAAACUGAUUGAGAUGAAUUUAUCGGUUGUUGAGGACUCUGUGAAGACGAUGAAUGACAAGGAAAGAGAGGUUAGCUUGGAGAUGAAGAGAACCAUUAUGCUUGUAGAGAGAAGCAAAGCUGAAAUCAAAGAGAUCACAGAGUGGAAAGAGAAGAUGGAUAAGGAGCUUAGAGACCUAGAGCUAUGGAAAACUCUUGUAGUUUCACGUGUAGAAUCGUUGGCUAGAGGAAACAAUGCAUUGAGGUUGGAUGUAGAGAAGAUUGAGAGAGAGCAAGCAAACCUAGAGAGCAAAGAGCUUGGAGUUCUGUUGAUAAGUCUCUUUCUCGUGUUCUUAGCAACGGUUCGGUUGCUCUCAAGGCGACUCUGGGCGUUUCUGGGGAUGUCUUUUACGGAUAAAAUGGGAUCGCUAUGGCCAGAUAGCGGUUGGGUCAUGAUACUGCUUAGUAGCAGCAUCAUGAUUUUUAUUACUUUGCUUUCUUAGUUAGUUUAGGUGUCAGGCUUAGUUUUUUUUUUUUUAACAUUGCCUUGCUACUCAAGUAUUGUAGCCCUUAGGAUUAGGAAUUAUUAAGGAGGAUUCAUUGAUAA